AGGUCGCAGGGCAAGCUAGACACGCUAUAGCUAGCUCGACCCUGCAUACACAGAGACGACGACACGACUCGUGCCAUGGCGUACCCGUGUCGGCCCCCGUAUCCAGCUUCCUUUCUUGUAGCGCUCCUCGCUCUGCCUCUGAUGGCAGCGGCAUCCGCCGCGGCGCCCGAGCCCGCGCCCGCCAUCGAGAGCAAGUCCAUGGAUAACCGCGGCCUUACCGUGAUGCCACUGCCGCUGCCGUUGUCCGGCCCAGAGAGCCUCGCCUUCGACCGCCGCGGCGGUGGGCCCUACACCGGCGUCUCUGACGGCCGCGUUCUCCGGUGGCGCGGCCGCCGCCUUGGUUGGACCGUCUUCGCCUACAACGCGAGACACAAGAGCGUGGGUAUGUGCGCGGCGAAGAAGAAGCUGAUGGUGCCGGAGAACGUGUGCGGGCGGCCGCUGGGGCUGCAGUUCCACCACAAGACCGGCGACCUGUACGUCGCCGACGCGUACCUGGGGCUGCUGAGGGUGCCGGCGCGCGGUGGGCUGGCGGAGGUGGUGGCAACGGAGGCCGGCGGCGUGCCCUUCAACUUCCUGAACGGGCUGGACGUCGACCAGAACACCGGCGACGUCUACUUCACGGACAGCAGCACCUCGUACCCAAGGAGCGAGUAUCUACUGGUGGUGGCCCUGGGGGACGAGACGGGGCGGCUUCUCCGGUACAGCCCUCGGACACGCCGUGUUGCCGUCCUCCACGAGAACCUCUCCUACCCGAACGGCGUGGCGGUGGCCGCCGACGGGUCGCACGUCGUGGUGUCGCACACCGCGCUGUCGGAGCUGCGCCGGUACUGGGUGCGCGGGCCCCGGGCCGGCGAGAACGAGACGUUCGCGGAGCUGCCGGGGUAUCCCGAUAACGUGCGCUCCGACGGGCGCGGCGGGUACUGGGUGGCGCUGAGCCACGGCCCCAACGACGCAAUCAGCGCCGCCGUCGACGCCGCGCCGACGAUGGCCGUCAGGGUGGGCCGCGGCGGCGCCGUGGAGGAGGCGCUGGAUGGGCUGAGCUUCGCGACGGUGAGCGAGGUCGGCGAGCGCAACGGCACGCUCUGGGUGGGAUCCGUCGACACGCCCUACGCCGGCGAGCUCAGCCCACGCUAGAGCUAGCUGGCUAGUACGUACUGCGUGUGCGUUCAUCUUCGCCGGCCAUGAUUCAUCGAUUCAUAGAUCGCCAUUGAUCAAGUUAAUUGUGUAAGACAGUUUUACUGUAACGUGAUGUGUACGUAGUGCGUGGCAUGCAUGUAUACGUGCAUGUCGACUGUGGUGUCUCAGAAGGGUGGAAUGAUCAGCAUGUUGUUGGAAUGGGUGGGUAUAUCAUGUCAUGUGUGCAUUACAGCUUUCUGAAUGUGUGGUUGUUUGGUGCGUGCCUGCAGGCCGGUGUAAUUCAUUGCGUUUGCCUCCUUGUUUGUCCAA